AUGUUCAAGUCCGUCCUUACCUUCGUUGCUCUUGUCGCUGUUGCCUCCGCGCAAAGUGUCGCCCCAGCUGCCUCUGGAUCCGCUGUCCCAGUUGCUGUUCCUGUUGCCGUCCCCGUCAUGGUUCCAGUUAUGGUUCCUGUCAUGACCCCAGUUGCUGCCCCUGUCAUGGCCGGCGGAAAGGCGCCAAAGGCUGCCAAGAAGGCCAAGACUCCAUCUGCCUCCAAGGGGUCCAAGCUUUCUGCCUCCUCCUCCAAGUCUUCCAGACGAUACUUGACUCACUUGCAAUAA